AUGUCGAGAUCUAUCGCCACCGCGCGAUCUUCGUUCGCGACCAAGCUCAUCGAUAGAUUGUCAUUGCACCUUGCGGCUCUGGGUGUCGACUUUGGUCUACGCUCGUAUUGUGUAUCUCCAGUGUCCACUGUCCAGAAGCUGGAGUCGACACUGUCAAAUCGACGCUGUCAAAUUUCAUACGCCGGGGGUGGCGUCACCGGUGUGAGACAGACUCAGACACUUUGGGAAGACGAGCUAGACGAGUAUCCUGCUUCAGGUCUACUUGAGACGAGUGUGGAAGCUGCGGCGGAUGUUACGCAACUUGCGCUAUUGCCGGAAGCGAAGGUCAGACACGGUUUGGACUUUGGAGAGUUCAGUAGGCGAUCUCAGAGCAUUUGUGAUGGAGACCCUGAGUGCCAGCCGGCCGUCCAACCCGCGACGUCCAGACCUCCUGCCAGUCUACAGACGUUGCCUGACUACGGCCCACCAGAGACUCAAUGUUCAAGGUUCUAUCUGGAGAUGUGCAAGUGGUCAACGAUACUCAAUAUCAUGCUCUUGGAUAGUGGGACGCGAGUCAUGUCAGAGUCAUGUGGAGUAGUGGACAGUCUCUGGGUGACUGAGUCCCAUAAGGUGCCUCCCAAGAUUGACGAAUGCAAAAUCGAGGUCAAAUGUCUCGUACGAGAGACUUUCUGCGUGUCUGGACUCUGUGACUCUGUAGUUGUGAAGCCGUCAGUGGCUCGUCACUCGCGUUACUGGCAACUUCUUGUACCUGUGCCGUUUGACAGACAGCCUGAGACAGAUAGACGAAUUCAGUAUCAAUAA